GGGAGAGAACCAGACAGGGAGCAAGUGGAGGAAAGACAAGGAGAAAGGAGCUCCCUCACAUUUUGAUAAAGACUACAAACUUUUGCAAGCAACAGACAGCACGAUGGCUGCCAGCAGAGAUCUUCCUUUUAUCCUGGCCAUCAUCAGCCAACUUUUCAUCCGAGGCUACUCUCCCCUGCCUAUGAUGUCACGAAUGACAGGGACAAAUCCCAUGAGACCCCUGAGCCCAGGUGGGUUUUCGAAUGAGGCCCUUCUGUUUACUACAGAAGAUUACACUCAACUUGAGGACAUAGUCCAAACUAUUCUACCCAGAGCAGUGUCUCCACAUGGAGGGAGGCCUCAGAAAUGCAACUACGAUCCCUGUUUGGAGAAUCACAGCUGUGCUGAGCUAGGAGCUGCCACUGGCUGCCUGUGUCCGGGGCUCACUCCAUACAAUAUUGUUCCAGAGGCUCCCAGGUUGAAAUCAGUGUCCUGGAACGGGUCGGAAGUUGUUAUUCAGUGGUGUGCACCUAAUUCAUAUGUCAAAGGUUAUGUUGUGACAGUAUGUGGGAAAGAGAGGCAGAUGGUUGGGAAGGACCGAAGGAGCAGUCCAUUGGGGGAUAUAAACCACUGUAAAGACAUUUGUGUGGUUGCAGUGAAUGACGGUGGAGCCAGCAAUGGGUCAUGUGUAGAAUAUCCUCCCGGUGACAAAAGCCUGCCUCUGAAAGCAGGACUCAUCGGGGGAGCGCUGGGCUUCCUGCUGCUCCUCUUGUUGGCUGUCUUGCUCUUGAGGCGCAAGAGGCAAAGGAAACAGGAGGCCAUCGUCUCUAUGCAUGACACAGCUGAGACACAGUGAACAGAAAACAGAGCAAGACUGGAUGUUCAGUGAGAUAAGACUUUGUCCCAUCAGACUCUUCAACGUUAUUGCAGUUAAUUUACUUCGACUCCAUUAUAAUGUCUGUGGUUUUCUGCACAAAGAGGCUUUUCUGAAAGCGCAGGGGAAAAAACAUAAAUACGCUGUAUCUGACUGGUUAUUUUCAGUGCUGCAAAUAUUUUUGAAAACCCCUUGGUGUCGAUUUGAAAACCUGCCAUGGAAAAUAUUCAUCAGCUGUGUUUUCUUAAAAUUAUACUCAGGAUAGAAAUUACAAGACCAUUGCAGGACAGACAAUGUGAAUUUGCUCAGUUUUUGCACUUAAAAAAUUAGCUGUUGGGUGGACAGCUCUGAAAUAUCAAGUGUCAGGACUUCAAGGAACAUCCCAGCAUGUAGUCCCUGCUUGCAACAGCUGUACUGUGUGUCUCCAAAACAUCACAUUUUCAUGAGCUAAGAAAACUGUCAUGUUUUCAGCUUUGUCAGUGCAUUUGUCCAGUAAUCCAGUGAGUUUUUACAUUUUCUUAUUUUUUGCUUAAGAAUUAACAGAAUUUUCUCACUCAAAAUCCUUAGGAGUUUUUCUGGUUUUCUUUGAACAGAUGACUAAAACGAACUGAUUCAAAUCAGACAUACGCACUAAUACAAAUCAGGAAUUAAUUUACAUUUUUUUUUUUUCAAAUGAAAUUUGAGACAAGACAAUAACAAGAGCUUUAUACCAGAUACAACAGCUGAUGGGUACAAAAAUGACUUGGUAUUAUUUGUGUUCAUGUUAGAAUAAUUUAAUUAGGGUUAGGUAGAAGUUGUUGUAUAGUGUAUAUAGAAAUAUAUAGUAAAUAUUAUUUAUAUUUAUAUAUAUAUAUAUAUAUAUAUAUAUAUAUACACGGUGGUAUGAAGUUCCUUUGAAGCUCUUUGUGAGAGAUCCUCAUGUUAUUUGAUUGUGAUUUUAUGGACUAAAAGUAAAUGAUGUGCUGUAUUAUGUAAUGUAUAAAUGGUUAUCAUGACCUUGUACAUGUUAAGUGUUUGAUUCUUUGACAAGUUUCCUUGAACUGAAGUUUGGAGGCACUGUUCAGUGCACCCAUGUGUCAGAAUGUGUAGUUACUUUACACCCAUCCAGGGAUUGUUUUUCCAUCAGUCUUAUUGUUGGAACUUGUGUCAGCGCACUGGAUGAGCACAAGUGUUCAGUGCUGUUUUUCCAGCUGUCAUCAUACAAUAGCCUAUCAGCGGAUAUGGAUUUUGUGAGGCUUGUCUCAUCCCAGCUGAGACUUCCAGUCAUCCAGCACCGGGCAAGUGAGAAGCUUCAGGCUUUUUUUUUUUUGCAAUGAUGAGAGAGAGAAGAAAGUCCAAUAUUUAAAUCCUCCCACUUUAUCUCAUGUUCAACCUUCCAUCUGCAUGUCUCCAAGCUAUGUUAUAAUUCCUUUUUGCUCUGGUUGCUGCCACAGAGUGGAGUUGUUCCACUGCUUCUAGCAUCUUUCUUAUUCCAAAUGCACUGCACAACUUACACCACACAGAGCUGUAUGGAAGUCAGCUAACAUCUGUAAUUUGGAGGCACAACAGAUGUUCAUUUCUGUCGCUGAAAUGGCCUCGAGAUGUUGCUUUUAUGACACACAAUCAGCCUAAGUGCAGUCACUGUCAAACUGGGAGGGAAAUCUUUGCAAGAAUGGGCCAUCGUGAGAUGAAAUGCAAAAACAUGUGUUUUACAAUAUCAUGUGGGGGUAGCAGCCUGUUUUGAAAUGAAGGAGUAAUGUAAUUUAAUUAUGUAAUGUACUUGAAGCAAGUGCAGAGUAUGUUUAACUAAAACCACAAACAGUGACAGAGCUGUGCUGUUCUGGUGAUGGCAGCA